AUGAAAGGUAAGAAGAAAAAUCAGGAUUGGGAAGAAAAUUUACCUCCAGGAUCUCACAUCUAUAUGUCUCCAAAAUCAUCGUACAUCAACAGUGAAUUGUUCAUACGGUGGCUGGAAGAGGCAUUUUUCCCAAAUUUGACGGGCCCAAAGAAUUUGCUGAUUCUUGAUGGACAUGGUUCCCACAUGCAGUACGCAGCCCUCGAAUUAUGUCGUCAGCAUGACGUAAUAGUGGUAUGUUUACCAAGUCACACGACUCAUAAGCUGCAACCCCUGGACGUCUCUAUCUUUGGCCGCUUGAAGGAUAAAUUCAAAGAUGCCUGCAAUAAAUGGUUUAAGACCCAGCAAGGACAACGACUGACUCGAUAUCAAAUAGGAAGAAUCAUCAAGAGGACUUGGGAUCAAACAGCUAUACUAAGUACAGCAUCAGCAGGCUUUAGAACUACUGGGAUACUUCCUUUCAAUUUAGAUAUCAUCCCAUCGAGUGAUUUUGCAAUUGCUGCCAAUAUGAAACGAGAAGAACCUGUGAGUUUACAACUGUCUUCAUCUAGGAACCAAGCUACAGCCUCAUCAAGCAUUGAAAGUGAGAACAUUGACAGUGAUAAUCGUGAUUGGGUAGACUCAACUCAUUUUCAAAAUCCUCAACGAAAUCCUCUGCCCAAACAUCGAAACUCCAAGACCUCAAAACGUUCGACCUUCCAAUCAACUAGCAUCGAUGAAUUUCUACCAGAAUCACCAAAAUCGAAAACAAGAAGCGAGUACCAAGCUGAUAAUAACAGCUCUUCAACUGAUGAAGAGGUUGAUCUCAUGGAAUUGAGACGGGGUAGGGCAUCGUUGGUACCUGGACCUACACAACAGGAUAUCUCUCGAAAACUUCGCUCUGCUGAUGCUUCUAAUGAUCUUGAAGUUGAUGAGAAAGAAAUGAAUGCAUCCCCUGCACCAAUCUCACGAGGAGACGGUCCUUCUAAGAGUUCGAGGCAGAAUUUCCUACUAAGACGUAAGUACCAAGCUGAUAAUGACAGCUCUUCAACUGACGAAGAGGUUGAUCUCACGAAAUUGAGACGAGAUCGAGCGUCGUUGAUACCUGGGCCUACAAAACAGGAUAACUCUCGUAAAUCUUCUUCUGCUGAUGCUUCUGAUGAUCUUCAAGUGGGUGAGAAAGAAAUGAAUGCAGACUCUGCAUCUAUCCCACGAGGAUUCGUUCGUUUGACAAGAUCCACGAUGCAUUCUAUGACUGCAAACUCCUCAACUUUAGCUGACAUCAACAAACCUCUGCCAGAGGGAACAAAAGUAAAAAGACUAACCAGAAAAUCUCUGACAAAAUCUGCACAAAAUAUUGAUGAUACAGAAGUUCCUUCUAGCAGUGAGUUGAACGAUUCUGCGAUUCCUACCAAACGGUUCAUCAGAGAAACCUCCAAACGAGCCGCGAUACCCACGAGAUCCAGGAGAGAAUUCAUUACAUCUGCUUCCAAAGUGUCCGAUUUCCAUGGUGAAUGUGCUCCUGCAACUGUGCCUGCAAUGAAUCAGACAUCUCCACGAAAAUUUAACUUAAAGGACAAGCAAGACGAAAAUUCUUCGACUCAGGCUUCUUCCAGUAGGAAAAAAUACUCCCAUGAUCUAUCAUCAAUAUGUGGAUGGACGAAGAAUAAUUGUAAUUCUCAGAAUUCUGCCAGGAAAUCAAUCCAUAUCACGGACAUCAGACCAAUCCACACGCGAUAUCGUAUUGUUGAUCUCCAGCAAAUUUCUCCGAAAAAGUUGAGUGAACUCACGAUGGCUGCAUUAAAGACGAUUGAUAAAGUCAUGCCUAUCCUAAAACUGAAAUUCCAGCCGGGCAAAAGAGCGAAACAGGGAGCUUCAAUUUUAACAUCUGCAGUCAACAUCGAACGAGCCAAAUCUAGAGCAGAACGAGUGAAAAAGACUGAAUCGAAGAAGAAUGCUCGAGGAGUAGUCAGUGGAAAGGAGGACAAAAUAAAGAAACAGAAACCAAAGAAAUCUUCAGAUGAUGCUUCAUGUGUGGGAUGUGGAGAGCUCCAUUCCCAGACGCAAUCAACAGUCAACUGGAUCGAGUGCGUCCAAUGUAGAAAAUGGCUUCAUGAAACAUGUAUUACAUGA